AUGGCGGCCAAGCUAGCCAGCCAAGGUGGCGCUCGGAGCGGCGGCGGCGAGCGGCAGGAGGCGGGGCCCUGCCAGUCCUACGCCAGUGUGCUGAAUCCGAAAGGUGCCUCGCAAAAUCGCGUCAGCUCUUUCAAGAGUAACAACAAGGAGAACAUAGACGAUCAAGUAACAGUGCCGCAACAGCAACAGCAUCAAACGACGACCAGUGCAAGGGAGAAGAUAGUGCCGACAAGUGUGAAAGGUGGCAAGUCCUACCAGAGAAUCACUCGGUGUCCUCAGACUGUCCCGGACAGCUGUCCGGACAGACGCGAUCACCACGAGAGGAGCUCGUCGAGCAUGCCGGUCGCGCACGUCGACGUAGUUCACGUGUCGUCGGCGUCGGCGACGCCUGGCGCGUCAUCGCGUGAAAACGACGCCGGCCUGACGGCGAGUGACGCCGAACGGCUGAACAACGGUAGUAGUCUCGGCAACGACGGUGAAUUCCAGACGGUCGCCACGAAGGGUGCCCGGCGCAAGGAGAAAUUGCGCGAGCAGUAUCGCGAGAAUCAUCGGGAGCGUCACCGGCUGCGCGAUAACAACAAUCGCCAUCAGCCACCACCACGUGGUCCCAAUGGCGUCGGGGGCGGAGGAGGCGCCGGUAGACGCGGCAGCGACGAGAGGCCGCACAGAGAGCGCGCCGACCGCAAUGGCGUCCUCGAUCAUGGCCCGAAGGAGGCCCAUCAUUACAAGGACGAGCAGAGCAUCGAGGUUGAGGCGCAGUCGGCGUCCCUAUCGACGCCGCCGCCGCCGCCAUCGGUCAAAUACGUCGAGGCGCCUUUACCCGCGGUCAACCCCUGGACGAGGAACCGAACGCCGGCGCCACAAACCACAAAGGUUCCACCCUCGCAGCACCAGCAACCGCCCAAUGUCGUUGCAACGUCCACAUGCGUCGACAAACAGAGCGAGAAGGAAAGGACAGUGCCGCUGCCGCAGCCCCAGCCGCAGCCGCAGCAGCAGCAGCAACAGGGUGCAACGGAAAAUGGUGUCGAAAGUAAUGCCCAGCCUACAAUUGUCAGAGCUCCCAGAGAUAGGAGGAAAUUCAAUCAAAACGCAAGUGAUUUUACGAACAUUGGAGACUGGCCUACUUUAGGAACACAAAUAGAGAGAAAAACAACUGUAACUCCUCUGAAGCAAAAUGGUGUGUUUAAUGGUGAACCAAGUACCUCUAAGACAUGCAACACUGUCGAAAGCAAAGGCAAGGAGAACAAGGAACAGAUUCACUAUCAAGACGAUAGCGAUGAGCAUAUGGAUAACAAUGAAAAGAAAAGAAAAGCGAAUAAACAAAAAUGGGUCCCGCUUGAGAUUGACCUGGCACAAAACCGUGGGACUAUGCGAUCACCGAGAUUUCAAAAUCAUAAAGAAAGAAAUGGUGAAGCGAACGAUGGUGAACACUGGCGCGAAAGGGAUUAUGAUAGAUCAACUGGAUAUAACUCACGAGGACGCGGUGGAAGAAAUUACAGAGGUAGAGGACGAGGCGGGCGUGGCCGUGGUGGUUUUAGACACCGAUAUGAUCACGAGUAUACAAAUUAUACAACGGACUGUGCACAAAUCCAUAAAUAUGAACAUACGGAUUCUGGAUAUAUGAUACCUUAUAUGGGAACAUGCUAUUUUAAUAAUGCAAAUUAUAUAGAUACCAUCACAUUAAAAGAAUAUAUACGAAAACAAAUAGAGUAUUACUUUUCUGAAGAAAAUCUUGUAAAGGACUUUUUCUUACGUCGUAAAAUGAAUGUUCAAGGAUACUUACCUCUCACUUUGAUCGCGUCUUUUCAACGUGUACAAAAUUUAACGGUGGAUAUAGAUUUGGUGAUAGAAGCAGUCUUGGAAUCUGAUAGACUGGAGCUGUUAGAAUCAGAAGAUGGAUAUAAGAUUAGGACAAGAUUCGACCCGCUAAAAUGGCCUCUUUUGGACAUAUCUAGUAAUAUUGCCUUUUCAAAUCGUGUGCAACAGCCUAACCUAUCUCAGUCCGAAGUUAUUCCUACCUCUGAAACUACAUUUUGUCCUACUGCGAAGCCUUUAUCUACAAUGCCUGCUCCCCCAAUUCCUCGUGUGUUUGAAUCUUACCAUUCCAUUUCAACAGUAAGAAGAUACAAUGAAUUAGAGACGGAUUCCUCCUUGACAAAUGAGAUUCUAAAUCCCGAUGUACCAGAGUUUGUGCCGACCACCGAAAUAAUCAAUGGAUUUACCGCUAAUUUACCGAAACAGCAAUCAAACAAAGAUAACAGUAAUCAAACAAAGACAACAAAUAAUAUUUACUUCGAAAAGAUAAAAGAAACAAUGGAGAUUGCAGAAAGGUAUCUUCUCUCUUCUAAUAAUAAUUCUCCUACGAAUAUAAGAGAAGCCAAUGAAUUACCGGCCACAGUAGGUAUUCCUACUUCGGACAGCUUAUCAGAACGAAUGAACGGAGAAUCGGACUCGUCAAACGACAAUGCUUGGAAAGAGGUGAGAAGAAGAGUCAAGCAUCUACACAAGGAUAAAACAGAAGAGAGACAUUCACAUAAGGACAGAACAGAAGAGAAAGAGAAAUCUGAAAUCGUAAAAAAUGCAAUACGAGAAGAAUUGGAUUUUCAAUUUGACGAGGAAUUGGAUUCACCGCCACCGACUGGUCGACAUAAUGCCUUUUCGGAAUGGUCCGAAGAUGACGACGAUAACGAAUUUUCGGAUAGAGAUAUUGAUAAAAUAUUAAUAUUUACUCAAAUUAGUCCUGCAUCAUCUAGAAUCCCAAAGCAUGAGGGUCAUGAUAGAACAGGAGAUUGGAUUACAAGAGUAAAAAUGACUCAAGAAUUAGAACAGCUUAUCAACGACGGAUUAUAUUAUUACGAAGAAGAAUUAUGGAGACAAAGUUUUCAAAGACAUGGCUCUUCUUCGUCCGUUGGAAGUUACAAAACUGUUAAUAUGGUUAGUCAGGAAGAUUUUGAAAAAAUGGCGCCAAAAGCUCCAAGAAAAGCAAAUCCAGAAGUUCCACCACCACCACCACCUCUUUCUAUGGAAGAUUUAGAAGUUUCGCAGUCAGCUUCAUUACAGCUUCCAAGCACAAGUCUAGAUAAGAAAGAUCAUAGACAGGAAAAGAAUCGUUGGAGUGAUAAAGUCUGUCUUGGAGAAGGACGAAGAAAUACUGCGCUUCGUUUCUUUGCCGUUGUGAAAGAUGGACCGUCUGUUGAUCCGAGAACACCGCGAAAAAGGAAAACUCGUCACAGCAAUAAUCCUCCAGUGGAACAUCAUAUUGGCUGGAUUAUGGAUGUUCGAACGUAUUCCGCAGGGAGUAGUGCAGGCACAAGUCCUAAUGAAGGUCAUCUUGCUAGUAGUUACGGAAGUGCUUCCAAUAUCUGCGAGCAUCCGAGUCAUGCUUUGUUGAAGGAUAAUGGAUUUACUCAACAAGCAUAUCACAAAUAUCAUUCGCGUUGCUUAAAAGAACGCAAACGAUUAGGCAUUGGAUUGUCGCAAGAGAUGAACACACUUUUCCGUUUUUGGUCGUUUUUCUUGCGAGAAAACUUCAAUCGUACCAUGUACGAAGAAUUCAGAACUAUAGCCAAAGAAGAUGCCUGCGAAGGAUACCGAUACGGAUUAGAGUGCCUUUUCAGAUUUUACAGUUACGGCUUAGAAAAGAAGUUUAGACAUACUUUGUAUACAGAUUUUGAAAUGGAAACGAUACAAGAUUACGAAAGCGGACAGCUCUAUGGAUUGGAAAAAUUUUGGGCAUUUUUGAAAUAUUAUAAGAACUCUGAUCAACUUAAUGUAAAUCCUCAAUUGCAAGAGUACCUAUCAAAAUUCAAGAGCAUCGAAGAUUUUAGGGUAGUAGAACCUCAAAUACAUGAGAUGCUCCAAGCUGCGAGAAUACGUAAUAGAAGUGUUUCUGAAAGCGCUAGGGAAGAUUCACUGACAAGCGAAUGCCUACUUUCGGACGACUACAAUACACUGCCAAACGCGCAAGAGUCGCAUUUAUCGCAGUUUCGAAAUAGAGCUGGUUCUUUCGGCUCUAAACUGUAUCAUUUUCGACGACGGAAUGACUCUGCAUCGUCCAGCAGCCAGCGAGAUCUUAGCAAGCAGCAGCCUCGAAAUAGGCAGAAUUCUGGUUCAUCUAUGAAACCUUUCGAAGCGAGUAAAUCGCAAGUCACUGCCAGAGAACGAACUCAAGCCAGCUCCAAGUCCGAAGCGAGCAAAUCCGUCACGAUUAAGACGGACAACUCGUUCACCUCCCAAAAAUGAAAUUGUGCAUCGGUAAGAGAAACACGCGAAUUUCGAAUAAAUCUGUGAAUUGACAGAAAUUAUCGAAUCGCCCUCAAGAUGAAAU